CAACUAUCGAUGUUACUAUCGAUAGUAUCCCAGCUCUAACGGCGUGAUAGAAAUGUUUAUCCGGUUUCGUGAAAUUUUGGUAUUCCGGUUAUGACGUGUCAGGGGAGCGAAUAUAAUUCUAGUACCAUGUUGGAUUACGUUGUUGUGUUCACGAAAGGAGGCAUUGUCCUGUGGGACUAUAAUUCCGCUGAAAGAAGCUACACAUCAUGUAUUAACAAUCUCAUUAGAAGUGUUAUACUUGAGGAGCGAAAUGCGGACUCCAAAUAUUUUGAAGAGGACAAUUUAGCGAUACAAUUCAAGCUUGAUAAUGAAUUGGAUUUGGUGUACGCUGUGAUCUUUCAAAAAAUAAUCAAGUUGAAUUAUUUGGAUACCUUACUCUUUGAAAUGCAACAAGACUUCAAGAGAAAAUUUGCUGAAGUGUUGACAUCUGUUCGAAAGCUUUAUUCAACUUAUGAUUUUAAUGAGGAAUUUCAAAAUACAUUGACUACAGUGGAAAAAUCUGCCAAAAAAGUCAGCCGAGCUCCAAAACAAAUGCGCUCUUACAACGAAUCCACAAAGUCUAAGAAAAACGUUGCUUCUAUGUAUGAUGAAAAUAGUAAAAACGAAAGCGCAAAAAAGGUUAUACAAGAAAUAUACAAACAACCAGAAACAAGUUUAACAAACGAAAAUAUUAUAUUUGAAAAUCGUAAAAAACUAAUGGAGAAGAUGACAGCGAAAAAAAGUCCUCCAGAACCUAAACCUAAAACACCAACAUCAGAGAAAACCGGAAAAAAACCGAGGGUAUGGGACUUGGGCGGCAGCACAAAAGAUGCUGUCAUUUUGGAUCGGUCAAAAGACCAGCCUCAGGAUGUACUGUACAAAAACGUACAAAGUAAUAUUGUUGGCACAAUGCAAGGCCGAAUUCGAGAUUUAGAGGUUGAAAGCGAUGAUGACAACAUGCAAAUUGAAGAGGAGAAGAUAUCUAGUUCCAAUAGUACUCCAAAAUCUAGCGGUAUUUUAUCGUAUUUUAAAGUGAUCGUUGGUUCCAAAAAGUUGUCCCGAGCCGAACUGCAAUCGAUUCUGGAGAAGAUGCGCGAUCAUUUAAUAUCAAAAAAUGUAGCUGCAGACAUUGCUAACAAACUCUGCGACUCUGUCGCUACUAAUUUAGAGGGCAAAUCAUUAGGGACAUUUGAUUCGAUCGCAUCGUUAGUAAAAAAUUCCUUAACAACGUCGCUGGUACGCAUUCUAUCACCAAAGCGAAGGUUAGAUAUUAUACGCGACGCGCUAGAAGCAAAAAGUAGCAACAGACCAUAUACAAUAACAUUUUGUGGAGUUAACGGAGUGGGGAAAUCUACAAAUUUAGCAAAAAUAUGUUUUUGGUUAAUAGAAAAUGAUUUUAGUGUAUUGAUUGCAGCAUGUGACACAUUUCGAGCUGGUGCUGUGGAACAGCUUAGAACACAUACUCGGCAUCUGAAUGCUUUACAUCCACCGGAAAGACAUAAUGGUCGAACCAUGGUUCAACUUUAUGAGAAAGGGUAUGGAAAGGAUGCUGCAGGAAUUGCAAUGGAAGCUAUUAAAUUUGCUCAUGACACUUGUAUUGAUAUUGUCCUUGUCGAUACAGCUGGUCGCAUGCAAGACAACGAGCCUCUUAUGAGAUCGUUAUCCAAAUUAAUUAAGGUCAAUGACCCCGAUUUAGUUUUAUUUGUGGGUGAAGCACUCGUCGGUAAUGAAGCUGUUGAUCAGCUUGUUAAAUUUAACCAAUCUCUUGCUGAUUACUCUUCCAAUGAAAAUCCACAUAUAAUUGAUGGAAUUGUUCUUACUAAAUUCGAUACGAUCGAUGACAAGGUCGGCGCAGCCAUAUCUAUGACCUACAUUACUGGACAGCCAAUUGUAUUCGUCGGAACUGGACAAACAUAUUCAGACCUUAAAGCGUUAAAUGUUAACGCCGUUGUUCGAGCGUUAAUGAAAUAAAGGAUUAAAUUAAUAUCUCUAUAUUAAGAUAAACUCACA